AUUGCAUGUGGGUCAGUGUUAAAACGUUCAAUUUAACCCAAAAUUGAAUAAAAUGAAUUUUAUAAUUUGUUCAUCGAAUGACACAAUCAGAAAGUUUAAAAAUUGAAAACUUACAAAUAAUUGUUUGACCAAAGUGGAAUCACAACUUAUCAUUGCAAUAAAUUCAUCAAUAAGUUGAUUAACAAUUCCUCGAACUUUAAUCAUUACCAAUGAUUGCUUGUAAGGAAGUUCAUAGUCAAUCAAUCAGUGCCCCUGACAUUGUCAAGCAAGGAUAUCUUUUUGUUAAGCGACCCCCAGGAAAUCAUUGGAACAAGUUAAAGGCUUGGCAUAAACGAUUUUUCAUACUGAGAGACACUGGCUCAGAACAGGGUGCUGAACUUGCCAUGUUUUACUCGCAAGCAGAUUCACGGAUAAACUCACCUUCACUUGGAGUAGUUUUACGUGAUACGGUUCACAUUGGAAUAGCCUCUGAAUCUCACAGAUUCCCGAAUGUUCUAGUUGUCGUUUUCAAUGGAAGAUCACCUUUACUUCUGGCUGCUGAAGAUGAACUAACUGCCAAAUCAUGGAUGCUGGCCUUAGAUCUUACAUGUCAAAAUGCAAAUCUCAAAGGAAGUUCAACUCUAACUUGGCAAUCCUUUGGCAAUAAAACAUGUUCAACCUCUUCAUCUUCAGUCUCUUCGUCCAACUGUUUAUCAACCUCAAACAAUACCCAUUCAACUUUCAUUGCCAAUCAACAGGUUCAUCAAGUGUCACCCACUCCAAUGGGCUCUUCCUCAGUACCAACAACCAAUUCAGGUUCCGCCGAAUCAGAUGAAUCCGGAUGCUCCUGUGCUCCAGCAUUUGUUCGAGAAUCAUCCAAGUAUGGGUCACACAGCGAUGCCAGUUCAAACAACAGUCAAAAUAGUAGUAGCUUAACCAAUGGAACCCUCGAAGACCUUGCAACAACCAAUUGCAUCUCAUCAUUGGGUUACAAUGAAUCUGACGAUUUUUGUCUAAACAAUUUUAUAACGAUUGGCAGUCCAAAGGAACGUUACUCAAUCUUUUUUGAAACAACUGAAGCUUCUGAACGAGUUGGACUUCGAGGUAAUCUGGAGUUAGUAGUUUUUGCUCGAGGAAUCGGCAUUGCUCGUAAAGGUGAUUCCGAGUGUUUCCUUUUAUGGCCAAUUUCGGUGAUUCGUCAGUAUCGCCUGGAAAGUAUGGACAAACACAGUCGCCGUAAAUACAAUAAAAGUAAAGUUACUUUGGUAACAAUUGAAGUGGGAAGACGAUGUUUAACCGGCGAGGGAAUAUUUAAAUUUACUUCUGAUCAAGGGCACGAUAUUAUGCGUAAACUUGAAAAGGCUGUUAACAAUUGGGCUUUACAUCGAGCAAGGUUAACCUGUACUCGAUCAAUGUACAAUAGUCAACAUCGAAAGGGUUUCCUUCGCUCCUGUAACCAUGAAUUUUGUAAAUUCAACUCGGAAUCAAGUAUCAAUGGAAGCUGUUCCCAUCGAUCAGCACCUUCAACGCCUGCCUUGAAUAAGCUCAACUUAACAGCAACCAAUUCAACUUCGUGUUCGGGUCGAUCCUCUUGCAUUGGUGGAUCGCUUACAUGGAGCAAUAACGCUGGUGCCGAUUGUAGUAAAAAGAGUCUGCUCAAAAGUGCUAAGGAACACUUGAGGAAUUCACUCAACUCGAUUGGCACUCGAAACACUAAAUUGCCCAAAAUAGAUGUUAAUGAUGACUUUGGUUAUGUUGAUUAUGAUUCAUUGUCCAUUAAAGCUCACAGAUCAAAUAGAUUUCUCAAUGGGUCCGUUGAUGAAAAGGGCCGCUCAAAAAGUGAUUCUAAGAUUGGAAUUGGUGAUCAUGAUGAUUGCUCAUAUCUUGAAAUACUUCCUUCGUAA